CUAUACUUUUUAACCUGUUUUCACGUUCGUCCAAGAUCUUGAGAGGGAGAAACAGAGAGCCGUGGGAGCAGAGAGAGAGAGAGAAGAAGGAAAGAGAGGGAUUGCAUCAAGAAGCUCCCUUGAUUUCUCAAGUUCAUACAACACACGGUAAGGACACUUACCAGAUUCAGCAUCUACCCUUCGGUGAUGGAACCAACAGCAACCCUGCUUUAUUUGGAUUACCUUGACGCUACAAGCCCAGAUCCUCCUCUCAUGAAGACUCCCUCCCACAUUUCCUACACAUCUGUGUUUCUCCCUAUCUUUUACACAGCUGUGUUCCUGACUGGAAUACUGGGGAAUUUCAUCCUCAUGAUUGCGCUGCAUUUCAAGCACGGCAACCGAAGACUGAUCGACAUCUUUAUCAUCAACCUGGCAGCUUCUGACUUCAUUUUCCUUGUCACACUGCCUCUUUGGGUGGAUAAGGAAGCCUCUCUGGGACUAUGGAGGACUGGCUCCUUCCUGUGCAAAGGCAGCUCCUAUGUGAUCUCUGUGAACAUGCACUGCAGUGUCUUCUUGCUCACGUGCAUGAGCAUGGACCGGUACGUGGCUGUCAUGCGCCCAGCCUUAUCCAGGAGGCUGAGAAGGAGAAACUGUGCCCAUGCGGUCUGUGCCUGCGUCUGGAUCGUCUCGUGCCUCCUGGGGCUGCCCACUCUACUGUCUAGGGAGGUCACUCUCUUGGAAGGCAAGCCAUACUGCGCAGAGGAGAAAGCCACUUCCAUUAAACUAAUGUGGGGUCUGGUAAACUUGGUCAGCACCUUUUUUGUCCCCCUGCUGAGCAUUUUGACUUGCUACUGUUGCAUCACAAGGAGGCUGUGUGCUCAUUACCAGCAAUCGGGAAAGCACAACAAAAAGCUGCGGAGGUCGAUCAGGAUCAUCAUUAUCGUUGUGGCGGCCUUCACCUUCUCCUGGUUACCCUUUAAUACUUUCAAGCUCCUAGCCAUUGUUUCGGGGCUGCGGCCAGAACUUCAGUUACCCUCUGUGUCUUUUCAGCUGGCCAUGGGGGUGACUGGGCCCUUGGCGUUUGCCAACAGCUGUGUCAAUCCUUUCAUUUACUAUGUCUUUGACAGCUAUAUCCGAAGGGCCAUUGUACGCCCUUGUCUGAAGAAUUCUGACUCUGGGAGCAGCACUGAGACAUCAGACAGUCACCUCAGUAAGGUUUUCUCCAACUUCAUUCACGCAGAGGAUUUUGUCAGGCGGAGGAAGAGGUCUGUGUCACUCUAAGAGAAGCUGCAACAUGACUAGCUCUGUUGGCACUCUUAGGAAGCUGGGUUUUGUCAGCAGCAGAGAAAGAGAAAAGCAUUAAUGAUGACAUUCAUAUUGCUUCAGAAAUCCAAGGAAGUGCUGAUUUGUUUUUUAAAGGCCUCCCUGAAGAGCUCCUGCGUUGUGGACAUAAUUAUGUCAUUUGCUUCAUUUUCAGCUAAACAGUCUUACUUGGUAAUCAAGCCAACUGGGUAAAAUAUAGACUUCAUUGUCCUUGAACUCAGAGGCUGAUUUCUUCAUGUGUGUCAACACCCCUUCAGGCCUUUCAAGACCAUCGACUGUUCGCAAUGGGCUGUGUUUUGAAGACAUGCUUUCACCUGGUAAGGCAUGUAGUGGGAUGCAGGAUAACAAGAAUGUGGGCUUGCACUCUGUAGCUCACUGUCCCUGAGUUACUGACAUGGAUUCUGGCCCCGUUUAAUAUUCUGUCUGGUGGGUCUUCCUCUCCCUCCAGUGUUGGUUUUCAUCCCAAGCCAUUCUCAACAGCUUUGGACCGGCCAAAAAAAGAAAAAUAAAAAAAAUACAAAACGUGAGGAUAAACCACUUUUCAUUGUGAUUAUGAGUUGAGACUCACCUCAUCACCCAAUCUGAAAUAUGUUAGCAAUUACACAUUAUGCAAGGUUUGACAUUUGUCUUGUGAGAAACGUUGGUAACAGUGCAGGUUAUGAUAAUGCUACGGUCACUGCUUUUGUAGAAGACUUUAAUAUGCUGUUUGUUUUCGUUGCCUUUAUAAAUUAGAAUUUGACUUUGUUGUAAUUACAUGUUUUGAAUUGCCUGUCAUCUAGUUAUCAAAUGAAAAUGUUACUACGAAUGUAAUUGGAGGUUGGAGGCUUGGGCCCACCCCCAUGCAGACUAUCGCUUAGGGUUCUAAUUAAAAUGUUACUGUGUACAUUCCUUUAACAAUUCGUUUGCUUGGUGUAUAUAAUUUCAAGAUGAUGUGGGAUGCUCUGUAUCCAGCUGAAGUACAAGGUCUAUAAGAGCAGUGGUGCCGGUGUGUUACCUAUGCUUUCAAUCCCAGAACCAUGCUGAGUCUUCUGACCUCAUACGAUAGUCACUUAGUUGGCUUGCACCCAUAUUUAAAGCAAAAAGAAAAAGAAAUACAAUUAAUGGUAACAAUA